AUGGAUAGGAGUUGGAUGUUCGGAAAACGCACUACAUUCCCAUAUAUGCAAGGGGUUCAAGAGUUUAUACAAUGUGCUGAAGAAAAUAUGAGUAAAAAGGGGGAGGACUUUAUUGUGUGCCCGUGUUGCGAUUGUCAGAAUUUUAAAAGAUAUCGUAGUUCUGAUGAAGUGAAGAGUCAUUUGAUACGUCGUGGUUUUAAGGAAGGAUACACAAGAUGGAUAUGGCACGGUGAAAGCUUAAUUCCUAGUACAAGUGUAAUUAAGGAAACUUAUAUAGAUAGUGAAACUCAUGCACACGGUAAAACUAAAGCAAAUUGUCAAACUCUUGAAGAUAAUGAGGAGAAUAAUGCAUCUCAUGUUAGCAAUGAUGAGAAUGAUGAAGAUAAUGAUCGAAUAGAUGAAAUGAUGCGUGAUGUGCAGGAAGAUUUUAGUGAAAUGCCUCCUGAAUUUAAAAAUUUGUUUGACAAUGCUGAAAAACCGUUGUUCCCUGGAAGUACUAAAUUUACUAAGUUAUCUGGAGUGCUUAAAUUAUAUAAUUUAAAAGCAAAGAAUGGAUGGAGUGAUAAAAGUUUCACGGGAUUAUUAGAACUAAUAAAAGACAUGCUUCCGGGUGACAAUGAACUUCCUAAUUCAACUUACGAAGCAAAAAAAAUGUUGUGUCCUUUGGGUAUGGACAUUGAGAGGAUACAUGCAUGUCCAACUAUUGUAUUUUGUAUUGAAAAGAUUAUAAGGACUUGCAUGUGUGUCCAACGUGUGGAGCAUCAUGUUAUAAAAACAAAGAUGCAUGUAAGAAUAAGAAAGGGUCCCCCAGCCAAAGUAUUAUGGUACUUACCCAUAAUACCAAGAUUUAAACGCAUGUUUGCUAAUCCAAGAGAGGCAAAAAAUUUGCAAUGGCAUGCUAUUGGAAGAAAAGAAGAUGGAAAACUGAGACAUCCAGUUGAUUCACCUCAAUGGAGAAAUAUUGAUAGGAGGUGGCCUGAUUUCGGUUCUGAAAAUAGAAAUCUUAGACUUGGACUGUGUACUGAUGGAAUGAAUCCUCAUGGUAACAUGAGCAGUCGACAUAGUACUUGGCCUGUUCUUUUAGUAGUUUACAAUCUUCCUCCUUGGUUGUGUAUGAAAAGAAAAUACAUCAUGUUGUCGUUGUUGAUAUCAGGGCCUAAACAACCAGGAAAUGACAUUGAUGUAUAUCUAGCGCCACUUGUUGAGGAUUUAAAGAUUUUGUGGAAUGAAGGUGUGCCGGUGUAUGAUGCUUAUACUCGAAGCAGAUUUACCUUACGUGCAAUGAUUUUUUGCACAAUAAAUGAUUUCCCAGCUUAUGGUAACCUAUCGGGUUAUACUACUAAAGGAGCUAAGGCAUGCCCAAUUUGUGAAGAUGAAACUCCCAGUCUAUGGUUGAGUAACUGUAAAAAGAAUGUGUUCAUGAGCCACAGGACAUUUCUCCCUACGGGUCAUCCUUAUCGUAAGAAGAGAAAGGCUUUUAAUGGAAAUCUUGAGACUCGAGUUGCUCGUUUACCUUUAUCUGGAGAUACUAUUUAUGAACGUGUUAAGAAUAUUGAAGUUGAUUUUGGUAAGACUUGUAAGACUAGUCAAACGACUCCUUGGAAGAAGAGCAUUAUUAGGACACUGUUAAACAUUCAAGGGAAGACGAAAGAUAGUGUUAAGGUUAGAAAGGAUAUGAUUGAAAUGGGAAUACGGGAUAAGUUAGCACCACAAGAGUUAGGAAAGCGGACAUACUUACCUCCAGCUUGUCAUACUUUAUCCAAAAAAGAGAAAACAAGUUUUUGUGCCUGUUUAAAUGGUGUCAAGGUUCCUUCUGGGUAUUCGUCGAAUAUUAAGAAACUUGUGUCGAUGAAGGACCUUAAGUUGGUUGGCAUGAAGUCUCAUGACUGUCAUGUAUUAAUGCAACACAUGUUACCAAUUGCUAUUCGAGACAUCCUACCGAAACAUGUUAGGCGGGCUAUAACAAAGCUUUGUUUCUUUUUCAAUGCUAUUUGCAGUAAAGUUAUUGAUCUAGAUGUGUUAGAUGAUUUGCAUGCUGAUGUGGUUGUUACUUUGUGUCAAUUUGAAAUUUGGGUCGAUAAUAGAAGAUGCGUUCGGAUAGAUGAAUUGGGUUUUACUUUGGUUGAUUUUGAACGGUUGGGUUAUCAUGAUGAACCAUUCAUACUUGCAUCUCACGCAAAACAAGUGUUUUAUGUUUCUGAUCCUGUUGAUAAUAAGUGGUCAAUUGUGUUACAAAGCAAAAGAUCUAUUGUUGGUGUUGGUGAUGUUUUGGAUGAAGAAGAGUAUGAUCAUUUUGAUGAAACUCCUCCAUUUUCUAUUGGCUUUCAGUCUUUACCUUUAGAAGAAGAUAACCUUGAAAUAAGUUACAUGCGUAGUGAUCAUGAAGAAGGAUUGUGGGUUGACAAUCGGUUGUAA